AUGAAUGACGAAUUUGAUUUGAACUCCUUAACAUUAGAGGAUUCGUUACACACUCCCAACUACUUCCGGCGCCAAUUGGCGCUACGGCGUAGGCAUGGGGUCCAGGAAUCGUCACCGCCACCUGUGUUUGCCAGUUUUAGCAAUGACGAAGAUGACAGUAUGGACAUAGAUGAGGAUUCCCAUUCAAAGGAAGCCAUCAGCUUCUUCGGUGAAGAUCAAAUUAAUUUAGAAACAGGUGAUCACGAGAAUGAGGAAGAUGAUGAAGUUGAUGCUGAUGCUGAUGCUGAUGCUGAUGCGGAUGCUGAUACUAGUACUUCCAGUAUAUUUGUGCACAAUAUCCUUUCCCCGACAAGUCUAGGGGCUCGACUUGCAAUUCGGAAGCCUCGUUUACUACUCAUGGGUCCAGAGGACGUUGCUGAAAAUGAAACUGCAAAUACGACAAUUAAUGAGUUAACAAAUGAUAUUGAAGAAGUGGACACAGAAGAGAUUCUCGAUACAGCCACUCAUGGUACAAUUAUAAGCAGAAAUAGAGUAAAGGAUUACAAGCAAUUUGAACAACCUCUGAGCAAUAAUGAGAGAAUGGAAUACUAUUACAAUCCUCAAAGUCAUACUUAUGAAUCUCAUCCUGCUCAGCAGGCUGUACCAUUGCAGCCUCUUGGGCAAUAUGGCUAUCUGCGAGUUCCAUUUCAGGGUUCGACUUCUGUUCAAAUCCAUCAUCACCACUACUACGCCAAUAACCAGAGUAAUCCCAGCGUCAACGGCAUGGAUGAUAAUGCUCGGGAAUAUCCUAAGGAUUCGAAUACUCAAAUAGUGCCAGUAAAGAAUAAAAUGGUGGUAGACGAAGAAGAACUGAAAAAUCAAGUGAGACUAUUGCAACAAUAUCAAAAACAAGAACAAAACUUGGAAGUUGCCUUACCGCUUCCUUGGGAACAUCGACUGGUUCCACGGGAUCAUAUCCCAUAUAUGAUACUGUCCUAUUUACAAAUGAUCGUUAAUGCUACCUUUGUGAUAUAUGGAAUGUAUUUGAUUUAUGGAAUGAUUUCUACUAUAAAGCAAGAUAUCGGAGAACGUUUGAAACGACACCGUACAAAUGUUAUGGUGGAGAUAGCUAGUUGCAAAAGGUCUUGGUACGAAAAUCAAUGUGAGCCCGAAACAAUUGUUCCCGCUUUAGAACAGGCAUGUCAAUACUGGCUCAAAUGCAUGCAACAGGAUGUUGAUGGAGGAAUUGGACAAAUUAGUGCUAUAAGUGCUGAAACACUUGGUCUGGUGUUGAAUCUGUUUGUGGAACCAUUGGGGCUCAAAUUUUACAUGGCUGCGCUUUUAGUUGGGUUAAUUAUGUUUGGCUGCAACAUCGGGUUUGGUUUCAUUCGAGCUAAAAGCUAUUAUGGUUGGGAUCCACAACAACAGAAGAGGUAA